ACAAGCGAUUGCUUGGCCCCAAUCCUCACUGCCCUCUUGUUCCCGUCCCUCGUCGUAGCCCUCUUCUGCUCCUCUUCCUCUCUCACUCUAAUCCCUCAUUCUACUCUUACCCUCCAUAAAGCAAGGUUCGCCCUUAGAUCCCGCCCGUCCUCCUAAUCCUCCGCUUGUAAAAAUAAAGGUCCCUCCUCCUUGCCAGCAUGCAUCCAGGUCAAACACACCAACUCUAAACAUACUUGGCUCACUACCCACCCGUCCACCCCCGACUUCUUCCUCCUCUCGCUACUGGUCAUUCCACUUCCACUUCUAUCUCACCUUUCCAGCCUCAUCCUGACUGCGCCUCUCCUUCUCACCUUGGUUUGCUUUCCUACAACGCCCACUCAUUGGAUCAACCACGCCUACAUCAGUCGCAAACCACGGUCCUCGAGUGAGACAUACUCCUCGGACUCUUGUUCCUAAGCGUCGAACCCGCAAACCCCCUCAAAGUGCAAGCACACUAAAGGCCGUACCUUCUUUUCAAAAUCAACAAAGACAAAGACCAUGCAAUAAGAGUCCUUCAUUUGACCGCUUUUCCUCUCGCCAUGUCGCCAGACGAGGUAUCCGAUCCUUCAUCACCUUUAAGCUCCAUCCCAAGUUCUCCUCUAUCUUCUCCUCCCAGUUCGCCAAUCUUACCCCCCGGUUGGCAGACCUCGACCAUCACUCCUCCACCUUCACAACAUGCUGGCGACGAAAUGCCACCAGCACGGAAGCGCCGCAAGAUCGAGCCCAGAAUUCGCACCACUCAGCAUUUGGAUCUCACUUCUGACACCGCCCAGUCCGAAUACGACCGGUGUGAGGCCCUCGACACUUUGUUGAAAGCCGUCAGAAACAGGAGGAAAAUUGUUGUUAUUGCUGGUGCUGGUAUCUCUGUCUCUGCUGGCAUCCCAGACUUCCGCUCCUCUCAUGGCCUAUUCAACAGUCUGAGGGGUGAGCACAAACUCAAGUCAUCAGGCAAAAUGCUCUUCGACGCUUCUGUCUACAAAGAUGACCACUCCACCUCCAGCUUCCAUGACAUGGUUCGCAAGCUCUCAAAGAUGUCGGCCGCCGCCAAGCCUUCUCUCUUUCAUCGUUUCCUUGCUCGCUUGUCCGUCGAGGGUAGAUUGUUACGCUUGUACACCCAAAACGUCGAUGGGCUAGAAACCACUCUACCACCUCUUGCAACACAAGUCCCUCUGAAUCACAAGGCCCCCUUUCCUCAGACUGUUCAACUGCAUGGAGGACUAGAGAAGAUGAUGUGUCAAAAGUGCAGACACAUCUCCGACUUUGAGGCUCACCUUUUCCAAGGCCCAACCCCACCUCUAUGUCCCCAAUGUGUCGCGGCAGACACUUUACGCACUGCUCAUGCUGGAAAACGAAGCCACGGGGUUGGUCGACUACGCCCACGCAUUGUCCUCUACAAUGAACACAACCCAGACGAUGAAGCCAUUGGCGCCGUCACAACAGCCGACUUCCGGACACGUCCAGAUGCCGUCAUCGUCGUGGGAACGAGUAUGAAGAUCCCAACCGUGCGACGAAUCGUCCAUGAAAUGUGCCAGAUUGUGCGUGAUCGAAGAGAAGGGACUACGGUCUGGAUCAAUCAUGAUCCCAUUCCUCCUGGCAAGGACCUAGAGAAUCUGUGGGAUCUUAUCGUCAAAGGCGACAGUGACGACGUCGCGCGGAUGGCCGGCUUGAGGGAGUGGGAUGAUCCUAACCAAGAGGUUGCAGAACCCUACACCGAAGCGGACAUUGCAAGAAUUCGAGCUAGGCAAGGCGAUGUCGAGGUCGUCAUUCCACCCUCACCAAAGAAGACGAAGCCAGAAUCUGCUGCACAACGACUCUUGCCUUCACCUGCAUUGCAUACCAUGACACCUCCACGCAGCCAAAAUGGAGAUCGAGCAACGGCGACGCCAAAACGGGGUCCUCCGCUAAAUAAUUCUCCGAUUAGGAUCAAACUAAACGUCACUGAGAGAAGCAGUCCUGAAUUCAAGAAGCUCAACGCCGCAACAAAGGCCAAUAACCCAGCCAGUUCUGGCAAGAAACUGGCCGACGUUCUUGGCAAGGAAAAUCAGAGACGACCUGCCGCUAAAUCAAAGACAUCGCUCAAUCGCAAACCAAAGGUGACUAAAAUUCGAGCUUCUGCCAAUCCCAAACUUCAGCGUAUUAUUACCGGCAAGGUCACCAAGUCGGCAUCAAAAAACGCCGCGUUAUCGAAGAAGCUACCGGCCGAACCUCUCUCACCUCGUCGCGAUUCGAAUGAGAUUGUCCAGCCGCCGAAUGUAUCAGAAUAUUCCAGUGCAGAGGCUAGUCCUGCCCCCGAGACACCUCCUGCCUAUACUGGUACAGAUUGGCAGCGCAGUUCGGAUACCGUCUCACCCUCAGGUCGAAUCCCGAGUGACAUGGUCAGACUAUUGAACUAAGGAGACAAAGGUGUUAAAUGGCUUGAAAAAGACAUGAUUUUGGGCGGAGCAUCACCAUUACUGGGGGUUCUGGAGAGCAGAGCUGGUUAGACUCAAAGCACUCGGACAGGGCAGACAAUCUUGGCUUGGGAUGGGUCUGGAAAUACCAGAAUUAUGCAUAUUGACCCAUGAAAUGUUGCAUUGGGCAGUCAUAUUGGUUUGAUUGUACAUUAAAAAUAUUGAUUGCAUAUGGUUUUGGCGAUGUUGGUGGCCGCCAUUAAGGGCCAACGAAAAGGAACGUAUUGUGUCCGUUGUUGAUGGAUGGCCGGAUGGCAUGGCAUGGCGUUUUCGCUGCACGCGACAGACGCUGACUCUGUCACUCAGAACGGAGUAAUUGCAUUGGAAAUCGAUUAAAUCAUGGAGAUUACAACUAAUUUACUAGUUGAGGUGUACAGCUG